AUGGCCAUCACUUGUCUCCCUGAUGCCACCAGGCGGCUCCUGAGCUCCAUGUCUAUACCCAGUCCAGACGGUCUUGUCAAAGAGCUUCUGGACAAUGCGAUCGAUGCGGGAGCAACCUCUAUCGAAGUGCUUCUGUCCUCAAACACCAUUGACAAGAUCGAAGUACACGACAAUGGUAUUGGCAUUCAUCUCGACGAUUUUGAUUCCCUUGGACGGUCAGGUCAUACCAGCAAGCUGAGGAGUUUCGAGGAGCUCGACGUGGCCAGUGGCACAACCUUGGGCUUCCGAGGUGAAGCUUUGGCAAGCGCCCGGAAGCUGGCGGCCAUCUACAUCACUACACGGACAGCGGCUGACAAGGUCGCUACUCGGCUCGAAAUCGACCCCAUCAACGGAGGCGUGUUAUGCCAGAAAAUGACCUCGGCCCCAGUUGGCACGACCGUGGCUGCCACUGGGUUGUUUAAGAAACUCGAAGUCCGUGCAAAAUGUGCCGUGAAGGAGGCGCCCAAGACUUUGGCUCGCAUCAGAGAGAUUUUGACCACAUAUGCCAUGGCGCGUCCUUCUCUCCGUCUCACCUUCAAAGUAGCUGGCAGUACAACGACCGGCUGGACAUACGCGCCGAAGCCCAAGGCUUCUGCCAGGGAAGCAAUCCUGCAACUCUUUGGUGCGGAUUGUCUCGCCGCCUGCAGCGAGCGGGCCUGGACGGCCGCCAUCAACGAGGAAAGAGAUUCAACCUACACACUAGAAGCCUAUCUCCUUGCCCCAACAUCUGCCGCCAUGUCUACUAAACUGCCCAAAGGCCGCUACAUAUCCGUAGACGGUCGUCCAGUGUCAGCCACAAAGGGCGCCAUGAGGAAACUCGUUGCCAUCUACAAAAACCAUUUAAAGGACGUCGGGACCAAGCUCCACCUUUCGCAACCAGGAGAAUACUUCCUGCGCCUUAACAUUCGGUGUCCGCCUGGAAGCUAUGAUGCUAACAUUGAGCCCGCCAAAGAUGACGUCGUCUUCAUCGACGAACAAUUCGUGCUGGAACAGUUUGAGGCUCUUUGCGCAAGUAUGUAUCAGACUCAAAAACAAGGGGACGAGUCAUUACCGCGUCAGCAACCGGAGACACUUGCAACUCCUGACUUACCGUCACCAAGUCCUUCACACGAGAUUAAUCUCACACGUCGAAGCUGGAUGCUUAAUAUGGCUGAUGACCACAACGGGCUGCCACGCCCGCCUCUCAACCGCAGGAAUCCCGUACCAAAUUCUCGACCAACUACGACAUACCCACCUCGUCGGACCACGCCUUCUGACGACGAAGAAGCCUCGUCUGCCGACGAAUCCAAGUGGUACUGCUUCAACACCACCACGUGUCUUGAUGCCGAAGACACAUCCAACGGUGGUCGUCCCGAAAUCCACAAUCCUACAUCUCAUCUCGUGAACGCUGGCUCCACGACGCUUUCUAGUUCUGCGGCUGUUCGCAACCCAGCAUUCGUGCCCGUGAAGCCCACCACUGCUGUGUACAGACCAUCCCCUGAGGCUCCCAUUUCACCUGUCGAGGCACUUGUUGAUGCGCCAGCGGAGACAACACUGGAUUCGGGCGACCCAAGAGCGUACCUCCUGCGACGACAGAAGUCCAUUGCCAAACGGCCACACAAGAUUAGACGGCUGAAGAGUGCCAUGAUGCCGCUUGAGAUGACCCCGGCAGAAGAACAGCUUCACCUCUUGCGCUAUGUCACCACUGUCGAUCUGCACACGGUACAGUCUUUCUUGAAUGAUAUCAAGUCAUUCGACCAGUAUAUUUCAGCUGGAGCGAAUGCAGAAGGACUCGCCAUGAAUUUUGCCGAGGGGCUUCUGAUUGAAGAGAAAGUCCGGAAGCUGAUUCCUGAUGAGGGCAUGUCUAUAAAUCUCGUGAGUGUUUUAAAGGGGAAAGCUCUUGCGUGAGGAAUCGUGCUGCUAGUGUGAAAUCACGACGGUAUGGCGACUACGACCAAUCGGCAAACUCGCUGUAAUUGACUGAAGCGCACAAUUUGCUGGAACACGCAUGCAAUCUGCGGCCCAUGUCUGAUAGACCGAAGUGUAGAAGACAAGGCAAUACACAUAGCCAUAGCUCAUAUGGAAAUCAGAAAACUCGA